GACCUAGUGUCAUGAUCCAGUAUCAGGGUGAUUUAUUUGUGAGACAAAUUGAAUAUGAUUUGGCAUGCGUGUGUUGUUGAACUUCAAGCCUCUCUCUCUCUCUGAAAAAUGCAGACUAUUUUGUUUGAAAGCGCUUAAAGAUGAUUUACCGCGGCAAUUUACUUCGCGCCCCCGCCAGUCCUUCACACGCCAAUCACACCAACGACUCUCAUCAGUUUCGCUACCAGGCCAGGUUAGGGGUUUGUGCCUGGAGGAAACGCAGUAUUCAGUGCUGACUGAAGUUUCCUGUCUAACAGACUGGAGCUGUCUCCAGACAAGCGUUUGAGAGGAGAGGGAGAGGGAAGCUGACAAAUCGGGAGCUUGGAAAGUUUAAAAACGUCUUUGGUCACUUUGUAAAGAGCCGAGCUGUAACUGUCAAACCUCUGGAAGCGCUCGGAAAGUUGCACCCGAGACAAAGACUGUUCUGGGGACUGCCCUUAGAGCUCGAACUUACAUCUGCGCUGCACUGACAGGCGGAGGAACGGCACAGACUGAACUAGUGUCGCCGAAGUGGUUCGCUUUGAAAGGAGAAAAAAACUUAUCGGAUAAAGUCCUAAAUCCACUUUUGCAUCGAGAAAUGCGCUAAAACUAUUCCAUGAAGGACUAUAUGGAGACGAGAAGAAGAGUUGUGGUGUCUUCGAGACGCGAAAGUUAGAUAAGAGGAGAGCAGAAGUGGAGUGGAGAUCACCGGAGAGUGAGAGGAGAGUCUACCUGAAAAAGGGGUCAGAUAAUGAAUUAGCGAACACGGAGCGACCUGUGUCCCACUCCCAGCCAAAACGAAGAUUCUGAAACAUUUUCAACAUUCUGAAGAAAGGGCUUGACUCCUGUUCCCCCAGCCCCAGUGAGCCAAUGGAUGUGGAGAGGGGCCCUCCUGUCAGCUCACCUGAGCCCCCUAAUGAUGGGGACCCAUGUCCCCCCACGGACAACCCAGUCCCCACCCCCAGUCCAACCCCCACACCCACCACAGGUCAACCCCAGACACGAUCUACCCCCAUACAUCCCACCCAGCCUUGCCUAACCCAGCCCACCAGCCAGCUACGCAACGGAGCCAAGCCCCACACACACACCCCACACACACACACCCCGCACUGCAUACACACGGCCAACACACAUGCGUCUCACCCCAAUGGAGUGAGGAACGGAGGGCCUCAUGAUCGGCCGGCCCCCAACUCCCUACCCAUGGCGGCCUCUUCCUCCUCCUCGUGUUCCUCAUCUGGGAUGAAGAACCCUAAGAAGCUCCAGUCCAACCCCUCCAUCACCUCUCAGAGCAGCAAGAGGAGCAAGAGCUCCUCCAAGAGCAACAGCUCCCAGAUACCUAUAGAGGCACAGGAUGACUGUUGUGUUCACUGUAUCCUGGCCUGUCUGUUCUGUGAGUUCCUGACUCUGUGUAACAUCGUGUUGGACUGUGCCACCUGUGGUUCGUGUGCGGGGGACGACUCGGCGUGUUUCUGCUGCUGCUGUGCCUCCGAGGAGUGCGGCGACUGUGAGCUGCCAUGUGACAUGGACUGUGGGAUCAUCGACGCGUGCUGCGAGUCUGCAGACUGCCUGGAGAUCUGUAUGGAGUGCUGUGGCCUCUGUUUCUCCUCCUGAGCCUUUCAAACUACACAGGGUGAUAUAUAUAUAUAUAUAUCUCACACACUGACACAGCUCAGGCUCAGUCAGCGAUACUGUAUAUAAUGACAAGAUGGUCUUGUCUCCAACCUAACAAUGGGAGUCAUUGUCCCAAAGGCAGGCAGUCUGCUUAUCGGUCUGCUUAUCGCUUCACCUCUUCCUCUCUGGCUCAGUAGAGAGGGCAGUGGAGGGGCGGAUCAUUGGUCAAUGUAAGGACAUAUCAUUGGCUUUGACCAAGGUAGAGCGCUGACAUUGUUUAAUGUUGUGGACAAUCCGUUGGAAUUGACCAAUCAAAGGACAGAGACUACUCUUUGGCUUCUCCUGCUCACCUCCUCUGUGUUGCUUGUCGGUUUACUAUAUCUCUCAUUGUUAUGCAGAUGUUUUGCUUAGACUGAUAUUGGAUUUUUGGGUCUGAUAACGAUAGGAGGGAGGCAAAGUCACUGAUUUACUGAUAUAUCACCCAAUAUAUUGUUUUUAGAGGUGAAUAACAUACUUUUUUUACACAAAGUGUGCUCCAAAGGAUUAACGGAUACUCUAAAUUAUAAUUUCUUAACAAAAUCUUAAAAUAAACAUUAUUUAAGAUAUCCACGAAAAAGCAACUAUAUCCUCUAUAAAUACAACAGUAAAACUUGUUUAGUGUCCCUUCUUAGACAAAUCUUUUAAGUUGUCCCUAUCUAUGGCAGUGGAUAAGUAUGCAAAAGUGCUUGUGUUAAACCACCACAAGGUUGAAUUGAUUAAACUUAGUCUCAAAGUAAAUCUGAAACCGCACUGUUCACAAAUUAGCAUUGAAAUGCAGUAACAUGCUGUUCCUAAUCUCACCGCUAGGUGUCAGCGUCAGCAUUUGUCUUGAGUAGAUUUACAAGCGUCUACAACAGUCAGAGGUCAUGUAAACAAACACUUUAUGGCAACCUUGCAAUGAGAGUAGGAUAUGACAAGCACAAGCUAGCUGUUCAUUACGACAAUGUUUUCUUACAGAAACCAUAUCUACAUCACUGUUAUUCAAUACGAAUAUAUUGGCUGUAAUUUUCAACUGCAAAUGGCUUGCGCAGAUAACUAAAAACAUUUAUGCAGGCAAAUGAUUGCCGCACUUGUUUAAUCACACGUUCUCAUUUAGCUAGCUAGCUAGAGUUAUCUCAUCAUGAACGCAAGCACAUGGCCUGCUUUUUGCAGAUUGCAUAUUUCGGAAAACAAACUAAAUAAGCCCACUGGCUAAUAUAAUAGGCCCAGACAGUAACAGUGUUCUUUUUGUAUCAAGAACGAUUGUUCACUUUGGCGCCCGUUCAGUGUUGCACAUAAGUAGCAUAGAUUGCUUGCUAGCAAAGUGAGCUACGUUGCUGGCUAGAUAGCUGAGCUUACGUUAACUAAGUGAGAAUGUGAUGAGGACAGGGCUGCUUGCUUGGUGAAGAGUACUUUUGAUUAUAUACUUAUUCAAAUACGUUGGCUGUGGCAAGCUACUCACAGUCUAACCACCAUGCCUACUCUCUCUCACGUUGUGACCUAGGCCUGAAUGAUGUUCAAAGAGCAGCUCAUAGAGCGCCCUCUUCAGGCAACCAUUGACCAUUAAAAAAGUGACCAUAAAUGAGCAGAGGUAUUUGUUUAUUCUAUGUAUAUAAUGUAACGAAACAGCAGGGAUCAGGUCUCGAACCCACAACCUUCGACUGUGGCGCAAAAGCAUGCUCAAGCGGCAGAGUCGAUUUCCGCGCUUAUAAACCCAGGGUCGUUACAAUAAUAUCUAUGCUUUAUCUGUAGAAUAAAUACCUAUACAAAUCUUUCUGCUAAAGGCUAAUAUCGGUCAACUGAUUUAUCAGUCGGGCUCUAGUCUUUCUACUGUACAGUCGCUGUGCUCCAGCGAUGGUUCUGGACAGCUUCUCUCUCUGGACUGUUCUUUUGGACUCUGUGAGCCAUCUCUUAUUACAGCAGAACACUCUGUGUCUCCAAAGGCUCAGCAGCACAAUGACUGGCUCUCCAUGCAUGAGAAUGACCUUGAAGGCAAAUGAGAAAAUGGCGCCAUUUAACAGGAUUUUUGUGUUUCAGUAGAUAAGACUGCAGAGUAAUGGGAAAAUGGUCGCUCAGAUCUGAGCAGCACUCUAGUUUGUCCUUGGCAAGGUUAAAGUCUUCCAGUUUUAGUGCUAACCAUUUCUUUCUCGACGUGCACAGUCCAUGUGGAGGGUCUGUCUACCGCGGUUGUCCUGUCAGAGUUGCUGGGACUGGGAGUAGGGGGCUCAGCUACAAACCAAUGGAAAUGGGCCAACAAUGCUACAGACAUUUUGUUCCAUAGCCCAUUAUUAGCACAUCUAAUUCAGCUAAUCAACAUAUAGAUUUUUAGCUGAUGAUUUGAAUAAGGUGGGUUAGUGCUGGGCUGAAUGAAAGUCUGCACACCCUUUGACUCUCGAAGAUCAGGAGUGAAGAAAACUGGUCACUACAGUAGAGUCCCAUGUAUGUCCAUGACCGGUAUGCGCGUUGUAGAAAGACCUAGCAAAGGACACAUCCUCCAUCUUACUCAAACAUGUGAAAGGAGAGCUCUUUCUCUUAGGGCUUUCCUCUUUCUGCGAUUUUAUUUUGAAUCUUAACCAUACUGUCUGGAUAUUUUGAAUGAUUUCCAUGUUGUAAACAGAUUUCAGACCUAACAGGUAGACUGGAAGAGAUCAUUCCAACUCUCAAUGCCUUUACCUGAUAUGUGUCAUUCUCAUGUACUGUACUGUAUUUGAACAGAAGGCCUCCACUUUACUCCAGGCCUGGAUUGUCUCUCCUCACUACAAAAAUUAUAUUAAUCCAUCUUAUUUUAUGUCGAUUGUUUUUCUUCUCUUCCAGUAUGAAAAUUACAUUUCUAUGUUAUCAGUUCCAACCUCUCUCCCUGUAAAGCAGUAGUUCUUCAAAAUGUUAUUUUAUUCCCAGACAUAAGAUAUCUGGGGAUAUUUUGCUAACUAAUUUGAAUGGUACGUAGAUUAGUUGUAUAGAAUAGGUUCUGCAAACUCAAACACUACAACACAUACCCCUUUCUGCCCAGCAACUCAUAUGCAAUUUGGACUAAAUCAUGUGUUUAUAUUGAAUAUCCUGUGGCUCCUGAUUGCUCUGAUCUGGCACUGUGUGGAUCCUGAUUGCUCUGAUCUGGCACUGUGUGGAUCCUGAUUGCUCUGAUCUGGCACUGUGUGGAUCCUCGCAUGACUGUGUGAGUUUUCUCAUACCAAAGAAAAUAGUUUUUGUAGCUUAGCCUCUGCCAAGUCUCCAACAUCCGGAUGUUCUGGUUUUCAGGGAAAAUGGAAAUGGAGCCUCUGAUGCUAUUCCAUUUUUGGACGUUAACAAGACGACUUUCCAUCUUAACUCCUCCUCCACAUUUACUGGAUUGGUUGAACAUUGCAGAAGAUCAACUUUUUUUCUUCUCAUCAAGACCAGUAUGUAGGGGAUCUAGUUUCAGGUGUAUAUUCUACUCCUGCUACGUCAGGUUUGUUUUGUGAUACAUCUUUAUCUAUGGAUCCUAUAUUCUGUACAAGGUUUUUAGCUUGGUUUUAGGGUAUAAUUUGGCUUAUCAAUGCCUAGCCCUAACUAUGUAGGGAGUUUUCAUGGAAUCUUUUUAAAAUCAGAAGUGUGAAUUUGAGAGAUAGAUGAAGCCAUAAUGAUAUUCGUUUGUCUUGGAUGCACUCUGAAUCAAACAGGAACACUAGCUAAUCUAGUCAAGUCGUAGUGUUUAUACUCAAAUAGUUAGGAGACAACUGGAAAAUAAAUGAACUUGAUAAUGCCCAGAUGAACAAUGACUUUCUGCAUUCCCUAACAGUGCAAGGUACCUUUCCAGUGCAAUCUCUCAUUUGAGUUUUUAAUUAUAAUAAAAAAAUAUAUUAAAAAAACAUUUGAUCAAAUGUGCCUUCAAACAUCUCAUGGAUAUAAACUGUAAUGUAAGCCUGCUCUGGUGAAAGCAGUAAAUUCAAGCAUUAUGUCCAAUACAUGUGUGUAGUGUUUACCCAGUGCUGUGUGUAAUAAAAUGACUGUGUAAGAAGUGA